CCGUGCACAGAUAUGUCCCGGCUUGAUGUCGAUUCAAAAUUUUUUUUUCCUUUAACUCGUACAAUGUUACGCGAUUAACUGAACACUUAGCCUGUAGCGAAAUGCGCAUUUUUCUGGGAGCAGCGACGGCUAUACUUUGUUGCAAGACAGGGCUGGCAAAAAAUUACCAUCGACAGGCUACAGCGAACGCUGGCAAGCCUUUCGAAUACUGCACGUUAUUUUACGAUUAUAUCUGGACAGUUGACUUACAGUCGACGGUUAACGCUGCACAUGGGUGUGAUAUUACGAAAAUGUGAGGCCUUUCUGCUAGCUUUCUAUCAUGCCACCAGGACGCAUGCAUAUAUUAUUAUAGUAAAACCGUAUAUUUUUCUUUUAAAUUAUACAUUAAUUAUACAAUACUAGUACUCGCGCCAUGAGUUCCAUUCAGAACGGUCGUCCCAUGUCACAACGCCCCAAGCCAACAAUUCGAAAUGAAUUCGGGACUAAGCAACAAUAUUCCAGUGUAAGCGAUCCAGAUCAUCAAGAACAGACACAACGCAUCGCUAAAAUAGUUGCCAGCCAGUGCACCGAAAUCGACCGGCUUCCCGAUCUUAUUUGCACAUUUCUCACCGGUGUUGUGAGGCAAGGAAGACCAACAUUUCCCACAAUUCAGCAUCGCCAGUACUUUUUGCAUGGAAUCGGCUCGUUGUUAACCAACCUUAACGGCACAGUAUUGAUCUACGACCGCUCAGUUCCGUCGGCGGCCACCGACCUCCUUCAGAAUGUUCUCACCGAGUUAUCCCUUCAUGAACAAUCUUUGGGCGCUGGCGUGCACAAGAGGUUCACCGAGAGCCGCCGGGGACAGGAUUUUAUGCUGGUGCUGGAAGAGUGCAUCCAGCGUAGUGUUAUUGCCGGUGUCAGCUAUACGAAAGCGGCUAUCAGCCGGUCACCUAGCCAGCAAGAAAGUCUGCAGUUUAUGAUGGACCUGGAGAGGGCCAUUUGGACAGAGAUCUACCGUCAGUAUGCCGCCGUCAUUGCCACUCGUUACAAUGGCCGACAAGUAAAUUCCAGUCCAGUUGGUUCGGCGGUCAUAUUACUGCAGGGCAACUUAGAGGACUUGGCUGUUUUGCCGACCUUUGCCAAAAACACCAACGUCAUUGUCGUUGUGGGUGGAACGGGAGGAGUGGCUAAUGUGCUGGCCCAUGGUGUUAAUCUUAAACAAUCAGGAGAGGACGAAAGCGAUCUCAUCGAUUUAUUGGAGCGUUACAUUGUGGAAGAGUUUCCCGAUCUGGCAGAUGAUCCCACCCGGGCCCGCUCCAUCGCCCGGCAGCAUGUGGAAGUCAUCAGUGACCGGCGCUUCAUGGAUAUCGCUGUUGUCGUGGAUGGGACCGAUCCCGAAAAGCUGAGCCGUUUGGAUCAGUUCAUUGUGGAGGCGGUUAUUAAAGGUUCGUUUUUGGCUCCAGAAGAUCUAGUCUUCGAUGCCAACCUGCGGAUCGCUAUGAAAUGCGACAAAACAGAUUUAGCCCUGCACAUGAUAUUUGAGGAUCCGCUUUGGAACGAUUUCACAGUUGGUUGGGAGCCCUUUAAAAUGGCCAUUGCCCUAAAGCGGUCAGAGUUCGUCGAUAUCUUCCUGCAAAAUAGUUUCCCUGUGCGCCAGUUUCUUACACCAAAACGAUAUGCUCAGCUGUAUCAAUACGCUCUGGAAGGACACGGUAGCGAAUUUUGGGCCCACGUGUGGCGCCAAGGAUUAGGUUUCGCUGACAAUGAUGUAGUAGAUGAGCACUUCAUUAUCAAGCACCUUAAUCCUUACAUCCAUCAGAUAACCGGUGUGGAAGACUAUCUGGACUUUGCGGAAAUUACAGCGCACGCUUUAAAAGGCGCGCCUCUUACCACGGACACGGAUGGAGAGCGAAAGGCUCGCAACGCUCUCCUUGUGUUUGCGGUAAUGACCUAUGACGAACCAAUGGUCAUGGUGAUGCUCAAGCACUCGCAAGAUCCCAUUCCCAAUACGUUAUUUGCUGAGUGCUUAUUCCGUGGUCUGGCGCGCUCAUGUCACGAAGUAGCGGCCAAAGCCGCACUGGUGGGUGUGGCCAAUCGCCUGGGCAAAGUGGCCCACGAUCUGUACGACAUGGCGUACCACGACAAUCGCAAUCGUUCGCGCGCUAUGCUCAUCCGUGAUCUUCCCGACUAUAAAAACAUGAAUCCCCUACGAUUGGCAGUGGAAGCCAGGGACAAGACGUUUAUUGCGCAUCCCAAUGUGCAGAAUUUCUUAAGUCAUUGGUAUUACGGCUUCAUCAGUAUUGAGGGAUCUAUGAACACGGUGAAACUGUUGUUGUCGGCGUUCCUCAUCUUUCCCAUGUUCAUAUGGCUAUCCUUCCCAGCGCUGGAAAAGAGUCUGGAGAAAACAGGGUAUUGGCGGCGACGCCGAUCAACCAUGGCGGCUGCUCGGCUCAGUAUGACCUCAUACGAUCGCGGCGAUAUGGCUCGGAACUUAUUCACACGACCGGAAACCAGAGAAGGUAAAGAAGCAUACGUGGCCAAUCUAGGCAACAAUCUCCACGGGAAGAGCCGCUUCGGUUCGCGCAGCAGCUCCGUCCAGUUGAGCCGGCCGGAACGCACCACCGUGCCGCUACGGAAACGCAUCUAUGCCAUCUGGAAUUCGCCCUGCGUCAAGUUCUUCAGCAGUGCAUGGAUCUACUAUGCGUUCUUUAUGCUGAUGUCGGUGGAUGUGAUGCUGCCACCGUGCAGGUAUAUCGGAGUAGAUAUCGCGGUGUGGAUAUGGAUUUUGAUGAGAUGGAUUGCUAUUAUAACAAAGGAACUCUAUGGAUGGCAGAACAAAUUUGCCUGGCGACCCUGGAUGGUGACCUUCGAAUUAAUAACCGAAGGAGUGCUAUGUAUUCUGAUCUUUUUGUAUCGAAUAGCCCCGUUCCGCUAUGAUCAUCCGUUGGCCGGACGAGUCAUUCUAAGUUUCGCUGUUUUAUACUAUGCGUACCGCAUCUGGGAUAUUUUCUAUUCAAUGGAUCCCAUCAUCGGUCCUUCAAUUCGACUGAUUUAUCGCUCCUUCACAAUCGAUGUCUUUCAGUGGGCAGUUAUAGCUUAUCCAGCAUUCUUCGCAGUUGGCCUCGUAUGGCAAGCAACGGUUUUACCCGAUUCUCCAAUGACAGGCGAUGAAUGGCGAAAGGCAGCAUACAGGGCAUUUGGAACACUCUUCUCUUAUGGUGACCCGAAUGUACUUGAAUAUACGCCGAGCUGUGAUGCAUCCAAGAUAAACUGGUCCAACGUUACACAGCCUUUGAAGAUGAAGGGCGCUUAUCCAGAAGAACGAUGCUGGAUCGGCGACUAUAGCGACCCUAGUUGUAACACCGUGACCUUUUGGUCCUACGCCUUUUAUUUACACUAUUACGUAUUUUUGCAACUGGGAACGCUGCUAGUCCUUGGAUGCGCUAUCUUCACACGAUUCAUUGACGAAUGGGUGGACAAUGCCGUUAUAUGGAAAUUUCGGUUUGCCAAUUUAAUUCUGGAAUAUGGAGUGCGGUCAUCGCUGCCGCCACCGUUAAAUGUCUUCGGUUACAUGGCCAACAGCAUCAGAAUUUUCAUGGGAAAAAGAGGCCAAAGUAAAGUUGGGGUGGUUAAAAACAUGAUCGAGAUGGAGCAGGCCAACAUGCCGGAAGCCUCCGCUGCGUCCGUCUCUACGUACUGGUCCACCGUGGCCAUACGCUACUUUCUUAAGAAAGACUCGGAAAAGACUAUGGAGGAGAAGAUCGCCGCAGCCGAUGCCAUUUCGGACGAUAUCGAAAAAGAACUGAAUGAGUUCAUACAAGUCCUGGAGCUAAGAAAGGCUGAAAUGUUUAAGAGCUCGGAUUUAACUACUUCUAUAUAGCUGCGUACACGUUUGAUCAUUAAUCGACCGUGCCAUGCUCCCGUCUAUAAUGCAAAAGCAAUGCUGUAUUUAAAUGCCUGACAUUUAACAGUACUGUUUUAUUCGGGCUCGGUCUGGGUUUCCGGCAUAGAUACAUUCGCACAAACACUUCUGUGGUCAUUCAAUCUGUCUUUUUGGCAUGUGAAAAUUAGCACUACAUCCCAAGAAUUUUGCACAUGCAGCAGCGACAGUUCA